AUGUCAUCACAACCGAUCGAUGAGGACGGCUUCCACUCUAUAGCAUGGGACGAUGCUCCUCCUCGAGCUAUGAUAUCUCCUUCGUCACCAUUCGACGAAGAGGGAGAAGGGUUCGAGAAUAUAUCCGCUACUUCAACUAGCCACGAAGAUGAACACGAACAGACAGCUUCCACUUCGACUGCAACAUUAGGUAAAAGAGAAAGACAAGGAUCAGUAGAGGUUGAUCCAAGUGAAUGGAACGGUAGAUGGAUGAGCAUAGAAGUCAGAGAUCCUGUUAAAGAACAUGAAGGUACUAAAGACAUGUUCGUUUCUUACGCUGUUAAAACUCAGACAAACCUUUCGACUUUCGCCAAGAUACCUGCUGUUGUGAGAAGGAGAUUUCAGGAUUUCGUGUUUCUUCGUGAACACCUGGUGAAGAAUUUUCCAGCUUGCGUGGUACCUCCCAUUCCAGAUAAGCAUCGUCUUGAAUACAUCAAAGGUGAUAGGUUUGGACCCGAAUUCAUUGAAAGGAGACGACUGGAUCUUCAACGAUUCGCAGAUAGGAUAGCUAGACAUCCGACACUACAACGGAGUCAAUUGGUCAAUGAUUUCUUACAAAGUACAGAAUGGACCGUGGCGAAACAUCAUCAUAUAUCUCAUCCACCACCUGAAUCGCACACAUCUUUGAUGGAUUCGUUGUCGGAUACGUUUAUAAACGCAUUCUCGAAAGUGCGAAAACCGGAUGGAAGGUUUGUUGAGAUGGCUGAGGAACUGGAGAGGUUCGAAGAAGGUUUGACUUCUGUGGAGAGGUUAGUAGGUAGAGGUAAAACAAGGGUUGAUGAUCUGUCGACGGAUUACCAAGACAUGGCUGCCGCUUAUCAAGGAUUAGGAUAUCUCGAAUCGGGUAUCACUGAACCUCUCAAUAGGUUCGCAGAGAAGAUGUUGGAUUUCUCGGCGCUUCUAAAGCACAUGAACCAACAAACUGUCGAACCAUUCUUGAUCCAGUCACAUUCCCUGUUGGCGUAUGCCAGUUCCCAUAGAAACGUGAUAAAACUUCGAGAUCAGAAGCAACUAGAUUUCGAAGAGCUUUCAGCUUAUUUAUCUGCUAUCGUAUCUGAGCGUGAUCGAUUAGCAGCUUUGAACAGUGGGCAUUCAGCUGCUCCCGUAGGCUUAGGGACUUACCUAAGAGAUCAAGUUGAUAAGAUCAGAGGAACGGAUGAUGUUCAUACGAGAAGGGAGAGAAUCAGGAAACUGGACGGGAAAAUCAAUGAGCUACAAGACGCAGUCACUACAGCUCAUGAAACCUCAAAUGCUUUCUCAGAUGAAGUAUUGAAAGAACAUGCAGUGUUUGAAUUGAAUAAAAAGCAAGAGAUGAAAGAAGUUCUGGAAACUUAUGCCGAUGGUCAAGUUGAAAUGCUUCAGCGCGCAAUGGACGACUGGGACAGGAUCAUUCCGCUAUUGCAGAGGAUAAGAGUUGAUGUGUAG